GCAGAAAUUAUGGCGACUUGGAAGUGCCGCUAACUCGUGUAGUAUACACACCACGGAUUUUACCUGUUUCUGUACGGAUUUUGUGUGAAACUUUUGUGAAAGUGUUGACAUUCAGUUUCCUUGGGAUUUAGGAAGUUUCGGGGACAACAGUGAGCAGAGACUAUGUAAACAAGACUUACAAAUAAACAUCACAUCAUGGACAACUCAGGUCCAUCAUUUCCCCACGGAGGACAUGCCCCUCCCCAACAUUGGUUUGAUACAUGGGAUAACCGUGGAAAUCAGAACACAUCUUCAUCAGCAUUAUCUGCCAAAGGUCUCCGCAAUGCCCCAGGAGAAAACAACUGCUUCCUCAACAGUGCUGUCCAGGUUUUCUGGCACUUGGACGUGUUUCGAAGAAGCUAUCGACGCCUGACUGGUCAUCUGUGUAUGGGCAACUCAUGUAUAUUUUGUGCACUCAAGGUGAUAUUUACCCAGUUCCAGUACAGUGACCAGGCCUCUCUUCCCCCUGAUGCCCUACGUAAGGCCCUGGCCGAGUCCUUUAUCAACCAACAGCGUUUCCAGCUAGGACACAUGGACGAUGCUGCUGAAUGCUUUGAGAAUAUCUUGCGGCGCAUCCAUUUCCAUAUCGCGAAUGCCUACAGCGAAGACGCAUGUCAGGCUCCCCACUGUUUGCCCCACCAGAAAUUUGCCAUGACUGUAUUCGAUCAGAUUGUGUGUAUUUGCGGGGCGAGCUCCGACCCUUUAACCUUCCAUGAAUUGGUGCAUUAUAUUUCUACCAGUGCAUUAGUGUCCCAAUGCAGAUCAAUGCACGAAACAGGUGAUAUCUUGCAUCCUGACAGAUUUGGCCUGUUGCUAAGGAACGCAGGUGCUGUUGGGGAUAUUCGUGACUGCCCGAAUUCCUGUGGCAAACGAGUUCAGAUCAGGAGAACUUUGCUUAAUUGUCCUGAUGUUGUGAGUAUUGGCCUAGUUUGGGAGACGGACAGACCGAAUACCGACAUGAUCAGUGACGUUGUCCAGAGUAUCGGUACCACUAUACUCCUACAAGAUAUUUUUCACUCCGUUAUGGUCAAAGGAAUGAAGGAUGUUUCCAAGUUACCCAAGCUCCAGCUGUCUGCUCUUGUCUGUUAUUACGGCAAGCAUUAUUCCACAUUCGUCUUCCAUACCAAGCUGAAUGUUUGGAUUUACUUUGACGAUGCGACAGUGCGGCAGGUGGGACCUAGCUGGGACGACGUUGUUGAAAAAUGUUGUAAGGGGCAUUACCAGCCCCUACUGUUAUUGUACACCAACCCUAACGCAAACCCUAUCGCCACAGAAACAGCCCCGAAAAAACGGGUCAUGGCCCCUGGAUUUUCCACCCCUGUUAAAGUUCCUAGUGAGAAAAAAACAGAAAGUCGACACGACGGAGUGAGACGAUCGAUAACUCCCAAUCCGGAUGGUUCCGAGACUGCUGUCCCUAAUAGAAGACGUUCAACAACUCCUAACCCUCCCAGUUCUACCGAGCCUGUUUCUCCUGACACUGAACCUGGUGUCACUAAGAAACAGGUGGAGCACCAUCGCCAACACAGCUUCCUCAUCGCAGUCACGGGAAAGACUGGGCGUGCAGCAGAACAGAAUAAAUCCGAGUAUGCUGUACCUAUGAACAACACUGCUGUGAAACAUCGCCUUCCAGGAGGUCAAGGUCAACCAUCUGGUUCUGAUUAUGAAGGGAGAAAGCAGCGCCCCAGCGACCUUCAGUUGCCGAAACCAGACGAUUCUGUAGAUGGAUAUAAUUAUACCCUUUCGACACGUGACCAAUAUCGCCGUCCAUCUAUUAGUAGUCCUGACCACACUGGAAAACCAUUGACUCCGAACUUCUCUCGUGGUGAAGUUCCAAUCAGGAAGGAUAGCUUCAAAAGAGGCAAAGACAAGGUUCCUGUGGAUGUUAUACGAUACCAGGUUCCUCGCACCUCAUCCACCUCCUCAGACUCCGACUCGAUUGGACAAGGUGAUCACAAUCCUGCAAACUCCAAGUCUGGCUCCACCCAGUCAACGGCCCCAGUUCUUCCUCCAAAACACAGACGAACAAAAUCUAUCUGUCAUGAAGAUGCCCCCCAGAAUCUGUCAGCUGACCAUAUUGAUAUUCGCCAACAUGUUGUAAUGAAACCCAAACCUAGUGCAGGACAUAACUAUGAAAACAUAGAGAACAUUUCACAUACACCUGUACAGUCGGGUCUCGCUACACUCCCAAGGAACAAGAAAGGCAAGUCUGCUCAACAGAUGCCACAGGCGGACAAGGCUUCUCGCCCUUCACUACACAACCGACAGGGAACUCAAGCCCAGUCUGGACAGAUGGACAGAAUCUUCCAUUCCAGACAGAACUCUAUCGGUGGCCAGACAGCUCACAGCCGGGAUAGUUCCACUCACACAUUGACAGAUGAUCGCCACUCCCGACAGAACUCUAUGGUCAGUCAAAUUUCAGAUACACAGGGUUCUACCUCACAGGGUAGUAUGCAUAAUGAUAAAGUAAAUGGCCAGUCAAAUCCUGACAGUCACACUAGGAGGGAGCAAACAAAACCUAGUAUUCCUUCUAACAAACCGCCAAAGCCUGCCAAACCAGAAAAGAAGCCAACCUUGUCUCAAAAGAAGAAGACAUCAAAUCCUCCUCCACCUCCUCCCACGAGGAGGUCCGAGCUCCAAGGGAGCAAGGAGGACCAUCAGAGCUACAUCAACAGGAAUAUAGUGGAGAGUGUGCUUCACUACCAGAAUCAGAAAUUGACCAGGCAGGGCUCCAAUAUCAGCAGUGUCAGCCAGAAUAGCAAUACCAGCUUUGAUUCGGACAAUUCAAGUGUUAGGAGUCACAAGGAUGGCACCACGGAGAUCCUGUUUGACACCUUGUCCCUAGACUCCGCUCACCGAGACUCUGGCUAUGGCAGCAGUGACAGAAACAGUUCUAGUUCCACUGGUAGUACGACUCUGGAUCCCUAUGCACAGUACUUCAUGAGUAAGAGCAUGAUUCCACCUAAAAACCUCAACACACAGGGUGUGGCAGAGAACCUGAAAAAAUUCAUCAACCAUGGUUAUGAUGGUGAUCGCCACUACGGACCUACGACCUACACUGUCGGGUCUGUGCAGCAUGGAGGUCCGGUUACCGUCCAGCAGACAGCUGGUCAGAAGUAUCCUCCGCCAGAUGAUAAGUAUAAUCCAGAUCUGACCUAUAGCCAUGGGAAAACGAGUGUAGAGGCAGGCAAACCACAGUACCCAACUGUGGACAACAGUCAGAUGUCUGGCAAACCUACAGACCCAGCUAUGGAAAGGAAACAGCUAUAUGAUCCUGCCAUCGUCAAGUCUCACACUCAGGGAAAAGGUAACCAAGUGUACCAUAUGAACCAGAAAAUGAUGCCCCAGGAUGUGAAGCCAGUAUCAGGAAACAAGUGUGGCCUCGAGGGAUUCAGCAAUACCUCAAACCAGAAAUCAGAGAAACCUUCCGUGUAUCAUGAAGGAGUAGAUGAAUAUGCGAAGUUGUGCCAAAAAGCUGAAGAGUUAAUGGACCAGUGUGUUUUAGUGGAGACAUCUGAAAAUGGCUCCAUGGCUCUUAACUACUGUAAUGCUGCCAUAGACUGUCUCAAGCAAGCGAUGCGCAUCAACUCGGUGUCCCAGCAGUCCUUUGUGUCAGCACAGAAAAUGCACAACUCGUGCGUCCUCAAGUCACGUAGUCUACAGAAGAAGUUCUUGGUGCGACAGGAAUCAAUGUCUUCUACAACAAGUUCCGACAGUGCAAGGUCCUCUCCGUGUCCAAUAAGUGUCUCCUCAUCUGAUCAUUCCAGUUCAUCAUCCCAAUCUUAUGGGGAAAAUUGUGUUCAACAAAAUGUAUUAAUCUCAAAACUGCAACAAAACAGUAUCCACUCGCGUUCAAGUUCUCGAGACUCUGUAGACAGUGUUAUAGAAAAUAAAAAUUACCGAAAGGAAAACAGGACUAAUGUGAAAACUGAAAAACCAAUUAGUGAAUCAUCUUCUAGUCACAGUGCUAACGAAAGGACUUCAUGUAGCCAGAAGGGCAGCAAUGAUAUGACUGUAGAUAUGUAUGCAACUUUACCCCGAAAGGGCACACGGCGCAGUCAGAAGGUCUCUGGGUCGUCCAAUCCAGAACCAGACUUUGCUAACAAACAAAGGUCUGUGAAUGGUAGCGGGAAUCCUAAUGGAAGAACAGCUUCAUCUGGAUCAAUAACGCCAACACCGUCUGAUAACUGUUUUGAUACAGAUUCUAGUCUCACAGACGGAAAUGACUACCAUUACAAGAUGCAGGUUCCCUCCCAGCAACAGGUCAAGGCAAACCGAGCAGAGAUAAGGCAGCUUCCUCACAAUAAUACUAGUUCAGGUUCAUAUCACCCUCAAGGGUACUACCCCCAAGGGUACACAUCGUCAAGGCAACAAGAUUCCUCAUACCCUCAACCCCAGACAGCUCACCCUACACAGCAUCAACAUGAGGUUUGUAAAACAAGUGCGCCCUCUCAGUCAGAUAACCCUGUGCUGCCACCAAAGCCAGGGAAGUCCACCAAUCUGGUCACACAGCCUGCCAAGUCCACAUCAGACCUCGGCUCACGGGAGGCUAGUCCUCGCCCUGUCGAAGGAAUGAUGAAAUGGGUGAGAUCAACAUCACAUGCAACUCCUCGAUCGGUUAAGAAUAAGUCUAAACAAAAUAGUGUAGCUCGUCAAUCCAGCUUCACAGGCAACGCCCAACAACAGCCUGGACAAGGGCGAUCCCACCAGUCAACAGUAUCCCUGGCAACGAAACAGUGCGAUGUUCAGCCUCAGCAGCAUCUUGUCGACCAUUCCUCUCCACAUAGUAAUCACUCAGACUGCUCUAACAAUGAGGCACAAAGCGCUGGAUUCACCCCUGAACAAGUUCCCUCCACCCUCUCUAACAUACCUAACCAUCAAUGUGGAGGACAGUCCGGAGAGAACCGAUCAGCAACUCCGCAGCAAAUGUGUACAGACAAUAACGAGGGUUCCUCCGAGUCUGAGGAGUUCCGGCCCAGUGUAAGAGACCUUGCCUCUCGGUUCGAAGGCAGCAAGUCAAAUGUUCCGUCAUGUCCCCACCCCAGGGAUCAACAGGACAAUUUCCCUCCCUCUGGGAAUUUAGGUCGCCAACGAAGUAAAUCUGAAUCAGAUUUUAGGACUUUGGAUGUGAAGCCUAAAUCUGUUUUAUCGCGGAACAAACAGAAAAAUAAAGCCAAUCGAAUGAAAAAGUCAGUGACGUUUAACGAUAAUGUUGCUUUAGUGGAUCUGAUGGACAUCUUUGCUCCACCAGAGGGCGCUCCUGGCUAUAAUGACAAUAAUUCGGGCUAUGUGAGUGACCAGGAAGAGCGCUAUGACAGAGCCACUCGGUCUUAUUCGGACAACGAACUUGAGGAUGAUGACAGUGUGGAUUCCCCAACAGAAAUUGCUCCUGGAGAGGUGGCAUGUAGUCUUUGUGGUAAACAUGGAGCACAGUAUGGACAAUAUUGUGAGAAGUGUCAUUUCUACCUAAGCCAGUUUCAGCAGAGACGUUAAUGGUUGGGAAUACCCUCGUUGUUACAUUGUUAUGAGUUUAAGGGGAAACCCCAACAGAGAAUGUUGUUGUUGUUUUUGGAGGACUUUUUUCCUCUGCUACCCACUGCCAUUUUCUAGUGCUGCUAUAUAUAGGAUGACGUAUUGUCACAUACAAUGACAUAAACUGUCUCAUCCAUUAAGACUCUUCAGCCAAACUAUGUACAUAACAAUAUGUACACUGUAUCAACAAUCACAUCCUUAACAGGGCAUUUACACGUGUCUCUAAUGAGAUGACACGAGAAGGUUGAACUAGUCACGUUAAUGUUUGUUGUUACUGAUAGCUUACUUUGUGUAACUAUCAGUAAGUAUAAUAAUUGUUUUUGUUUAGAAUUGUGUUUUUAAUUCAACAAGUUAAGAUUCAAUUUAUCAUGUGAACUAAAUUGUUAUCAAUAUCUGUCCAAAACGUUUGAAAACAAUUUUGAAUACUGUAAACGUACAUAUUUUCGUGGUAAUCUUAUUUUCACAUGAAUAUCAUUCCAUUUUUUGGCAAUUUUCAUACUGAAAUCAUUUCUCUAAAUAAUGGUUUUGUUACUUGUAGUUUCUGUAUUUUAUAGGACAAGUAUUAUAGAUGUGCCAAUCCAUUAUUGUGCUAAUCUGUUUAAAUGUUGUUUUGCAAUGAAAUUUCAGAACGCCAAAACUAUAGGGUUUACAGUAAAAUAAAAAAAUAAA